AUGCUCCCCUCUUUCGCCCGCUCUCGGGUCUGUGCUCGCCCUUUCAUAUCCUCCAUCUCUCCGACUUCCCUCACUUCCUCCCUGCGCCCAUUCCCUUCAACUACCUCGUCUCUCUUGCGUUCACGCGUCCUGACGACCUCCUCAACUUCUCUCUCUUCCCCCUCUACCUCUUCGCCUUUGGACAGUACCAGACCAGCUCCCGUCCCCGAAACAUCUUCUUCAAAAAUCACUUCAGAGCUGCUGGCGCCGAAGGAAGUGCUCCCACCAACAGCGCCUACAAUCAUCGACAAGCUUGUCCCGAAAUGGGCAGAGAAAGCCAAGCCGUACUUGUACCUUACGCGUAUCGAUAAGCCUAUUGGAUCUAUCCUUCUCUACUGGCCUGGAGCAUGGGCGAUCACGAUGGCCUCCACCGUACACCACCUCCCCCCUUCUGUCCCCAUCUUCUACAUGGGCCUCUUCGGUGUCGGAGCUCUGAUCAUGAGAGGUGCAGGGUGUAUCAUUAAUGAUAUGUGGGAUGCCAAGAUGGACCGUCAAGUCGAGCGGACAAAGACAAGACCGAUGGCAUCUGGAGAAGUCACGCAGCUUGGAGCUCUGACAUUCUUGGCGUCACAACUCUCUAUAGGGCUUGCUGUCCUUACCCAGCUCAACUGGUACAGUAUCGCCUUGGGUGCUUCUUCCCUGGGCUUGGUGGCGCUCUAUCCAUUCAUGAAGAGGGUCACCUACUUUCCUCAAGUGGUCCUCGGUUUCACUUUCAACUGGGGCGCUCUCCUCGGCUGGUCUGCCGUAGCCGGUGUCGUCGACUGGUCCAUCGCGACCCCCAUGUACCUCGGUGGCGCUCUAUGGUGUGUCGGUUACGACAUGAUCUACGCUCACCAGGACAAGACCGAUGACGUCCUCGCCGGCGUCAAGUCCAUGGCCCUCUACUUUCCCGACACCUCCCGCCAAGUCAUCGCCGGCCUCUACACCACCUUUGUCUCCCUCCUCGCCUUCACCGGACACAUGGCCGGCCUCGGACCGCUCUACUACCUCAUUUCGUGCGGUGGCGCCGCCGCCCAUCUUGCUUGGCAGGUGUUGACGGUCAACUUUGACUCUAGGCCGGAUUGCUGGAAGAAGUUUAGCUCGAAUGGCUACUUGGGAGGAUUGAUCUGGUUGGGAGUGGCGGCUGAUUAUGUGCAGCAGGUUGUUCUUGGGGUGGCUGCUUGA